AUGAGUUGGGAAUGGAAGGAAGCGGACUUGGAUCGAGUUCUAGUACCUAUUGGCUUGUUGAUGAUCAUCGCCUAUCACGCAUUUUUUAUCAACAGGUAUCGAAAAUUUCCUUUGACGACUGUGCUGGGGUGCGACAAUUAUUACAGGAAAAUCUGGGCAGAAAAAUUUCUGCAGCUUGAUGCCAAAGACAGAGGAACAAGUGUAAAUGUGAUCAGUAGCAACAUCUCAGCUGCAAGCACCUUGUCUUCGGUUUCUCUUGUCCUCAGCUCACUCAUUGGAGCAUGGAUAGGAAGCUCCAAGGAGAAAGACAUCUUCGUGAGCAGUAUUAUUUACGGAGACACCAGCCCGAGGAUUGUCUCAAUUAAGUACGUCGCGCUGCUCUCUUUCUUUCUUGUUGCUUUUGCUGCUUUCAUACAGACAACAAGGAACUAUGCCCUUGCCACUUUUCUCAUCACCAUUCCAAGCUGUGAUAUUCCGGUGAACUAUGUACAAAAGCCGAUUAUAAAAGCAAGUCAUUCCUACACGGUGGGCAUGCGUGCACUUUACACUGCAGGCACUUUGAUUAUGUGGAUUUUCGGACCAAUCCCAAUGUUUGUCUCCUCAGUAAGUUUGGUGGCGAUUCUUUAUUAUUUAGACCGGAACCUGACUCCGCCACACCAAUUUCAACCAUUGAACCUUACCCCUCUCUACAAGAUUGGUGAAGAAGUGACCUCAUCUGUAAACAGGGUGCUACAUCACCGAGAAUGA